UCCACUAUUUUGGAUCUAAUCCACGAGGGGAAUCCUCGGGAGAAACACCGCCAUGAAUGGCGGGAGACGAGUAAUUUCCAAUCCAAAAGUUCCUUUCCGUUUACUCUAAAGUCAGUUGUAUCUCAACGUUCACUUCAACGGUCAACUGCGUUCAUGGAUUCUCACCCAAUGCUCUUUACAAAUCCGGCGUUUGUUAUCCGAUGCUAUCCCCAUUCCGAUCAUAUGUAAAAUCCCGCCACCGCCAUACCCUAGCGAAGUUCAAAUCUCGUCUCGAUUCUCUCCUCCGUUUCGUCUCUGCUUUCAAUCCAAUGGCCGAGUCCAACUCCUCCGGCGAUGCACCGCCGUUCGAUCCUUCAGUUCCAUCAAUUCCGAUCUCUUACCCGCUGAAAACUCUGGAAGAGCUCGAGUCUAGAUCCUACUUCGACUCCUUUCACUUCCCGUUCAACAAGGCCUCCGUCAAGCUCCCCGCAGCUCCCGCCGGCCCGCUGCCGGAGCGGCCGAGGAUUCUGGUUUGUCACGACAUGGAGGGAGGGUACCUUGAUGAUAAGUGGAUACAGGGCGGUAGUAAUCCCGAUGCUUAUGCUAUAUGGCAUUGGUAUUUGAUGGAUGUGUUCGUUUACUUCUCGCACAAUUUGGUUACUCUGCCGCCUCCUUGCUGGACCAACACUGCUCACAAGCAUGGCGUUAAGGUACUUGGGACUUUUAUCCUGGAGUGGGAUGAAGGGGUAAUUAUUGCUGACAAACUACUAUCAACAAAGGAUUCAGCUUUCAUGUAUGCCGAGCGACUAACUGAGCUUGCUGUUGCUUUAGGCUUUGAUGGCUGGCUGAUUAACAUGGAAGUUAAGCUGGAUGUUGGACAGAUCCCUAACCUGAUAGAAUUUGUCAACCAUUUAACCGAGACCAUGCAUUCCUCAGUCCCUGAAUCUUUGGUUAUAUGGUAUGAUAGUGUUACCACUGAUGGCAGUCUUCUCUGGCAAGAUCAAUUAAAUGAAAAAAAUAAGCCUUUUUUUGAUGUAUGUGAUGGCAUAUUCGUUAACUAUACGUGGAAGGAAAGUUACCCUAUGGAAUCAGCUGCUGUUGCUGGUGAAAGAAAGUAUGAUGUCUACAUGGGAAUUGAUGUUUUUGGAAGAAAUACUUAUGGUGGUGGGCAAUGGACUACAAAUGCAGCCCUUGAUGUGAUUAAGAAGGAUAAUGUUUCGGCAGCCAUAUUUGCCCCUGGAUGGGUGUAUGAGACUAAGCAGCCACCUGAUUUUCAGACUGCUCAAAAUCGUUGGUGGGGGCUUGUAGAGAAAUCCUGGGGCAUUUCACAGAAGUAUCCCCAAGUGCUUCCAUUUUACUCAAAUUUUGAUCAGGGUCAUGGUAACCAUGUUUUUAUUGAUGGAGUGCAAAUACUAGAUGCUCCUUGGAACAACAUUUCUUUACAAAGCUUCCAGCCAUUCCUUGUUUCUGGAGAAUCUACAACCGGCACAAUUGAAGUUUUUGUUGAUUUUAAGGAAGGAUCUUAUAGUGGUGGAGGGAACAUCACGUUUAGAGGAACUCUUGACAAAAGUGCUCAUUUCAGAACAAGGUUAUUCGAGGGAAACCUUCUUUUGGGAGAUUCACCAUUGAACUUCACAUAUUCUGUAAAAUCUAGCGGGAGCUCGUUCAUAGGUCUUUCUCUUCUCUUCUCGUCUGCAUCCAACGAGAAAAAGUCAGUAUUGUUAGCAUCUAGCAGCGAUCCCUUGCACACAUACGACCAUUUAGCAAGUCACUUUGACAGCGUUAUCAUGCCCCACCAAGUCACAAAGCAUGGAGCAAAACCGGGAUGGGUUGUACAAGAAAGUUCUAUAGCGAUGGAUGGAUACACAUUAACAGAAAUCGGUGCCACGUGUUAUAAGCUCAAGACUGAACCUACUUCUGAGCCUGAACAGACAACAUCCUCUUCUGGUUCAUCAGACUACCAUGCAGUUCUUGGGCACAUUGCAGUCAGAACUCCUGAAACGAACCCGAUCUUACCACCCGCGAAUUCAUGGCUCAUUGAUAGCAGAUAUGUUGCAUGGUCUUCAGGCUCAAGGAAACUCAGUUUGAUGCUUACGUGGCAACUGAAAAAUGGGAAUGCUGAUCUGUCCAUGCAGUACAACAUACAUGUCCAGAAAGUAACCAAAUCCUCAAAUGAAGAACUCAACAAUGGGGUUAGAGGAGCCCAGUUUCUUGGAGCUGCAAUGGUUGAGGCCUUUUAUAUCUCUGAUCUGGAGAUUCCAGAUGGAACAUCCACUCUCAAAUUCAUCAUCCAAGUCACCAUUGAUGGAAUUUCCCAGAAGCUAGAAGAUUCUCCAUCUUAUCAGCUGAAUGUUCAACAAGAUUCAUAAUAUCAGUAUACUGCAUUUCAUGAUAUAACAUCUUUCCUGUCAAUUUAUGUAUACCUAAAAUAAAAACAAAAAGAAAUGUUUUUAGAUUUC